AUGGACAAUAGCCGAGGUCUGAAUAUGGAUUGUGUUAUGGAGGUAUACAGGCGUCAGUUUGAAGAAAUCUCCUCCAGGAGCCGGGCUGAAGCUGAAGCAUGGUGCCGUUGUCAGCUGCAUGGGAGCUUUGACAGGGAACAGAAUAAUUAUUCACACAGUCUCUGGCAUUUCCCAGCAAUAUUCUUUUCUCUUGUGCCUCAGUAUCAGGAGCUGAAAACUACCGCUGCCAAACACUGUGACAACCUACGUCAUGUCAAGGAAGAACUUAGUGAGAUAACAAGAGUUGUUCACAGGCUGGAGUCAGAAGUUUCAAAUGUCAAAGCCCAGUGUACCAAGCUAGAAGAAGAGGUGGCUGCUGCCGAGGAACGUGGAGGCAUUGCUGUGAAAGAUGCCAGGUGCAAACUAGUUGAGCUGGAAGAUGCCCUACAUAAGGCUAAGCAGGAUAUGGCUUGCCAACUACGGGAGUAUCAGGAUCUAAUGAACAUGAAAAUGGGCUUGGAUAUAGAGAUCACUACAUACAAGAAGCUGCUGGAUGGAGAGGAACUAAGGAUGGGUGAUGGAGACUGUGCUGUGAACAUCUCUGUACGAAGGAGCCAGGGUGCAGUUGUAGGUGGCUCUGAUCCACGGCCUCCAUGUGGACCUCAUGUGUUAUGUGGACCCAACAAAAGAACUGUGACAACCUGUGGUCCAAGCAGAGAGAGGUGCAUAGACACUAUGCUGCCUUGUACUGCUGCUCACUGUAUGAACACUUGUUCACCAAGUGGAGAUCUGUGCUCUCUUCCAAGGGGGUUCAGCUGUGAGAGUGGAAAGUGCUCUAACAUCAAAUGUGUAACAUCCAUUGGCCCCUAUGGACAAAGAUACUAGGAACCUACCACUGUGGAAAGGCAGCAACAGUAACUGAAUAAUGCUGCCUACUAAGAGCAGUAUUUCUUGAAUCAGUGGAUUUGCAGAUGAGCAAUCAAACCAAAAUCUUUGCAGCUUGGGAAGUUGCUUUAUUGUCAGUCCGAUAUGUCCAGAAUACUAAAUUGAUCCCUCUGUCCCAUCAUCCAUUUGCCCAAUGUGUGUGAAAUAUCAGGUUCACUUGAUGCUUACUGCAGUCAAAUAUGUCUCCUUAAACAUUGUAGUAGUUGACUUAUCUCCAUUGACUUCAACUACACCAGUGGUUCUUAACCUGUGGGUCCUUAGGUGUUUUGGCCUACAAUUCCCAGAAAUCCCAACCAGUUUACCAGCUGUUAGGAUUUCUGGGAGCUGAAGGCCAAAAUAUCUGGGGACCCACAGGUCAAGAGCCACUGAACUACACCAACUAUGGAUUCAAGAAGUACUUUGCAAUUUCUGCCAUUCUGUAGUUUAAGACCUUCAAAAGCAUUCUUGUCAGCCAAAAUAACACUGUGAAUAUAGUGAACAAGCUUGUUGCUUCAGUAAAUAACGCCUUUAAACCCAAGCGGUUAGCAAUUCCAUUACAACUGAACAUUAAUAUAUUCCUUUCAAAAUAUUUGAAUUGGCAUUAAGGGGCAAGAAUAAUGGCUUUUUCAUCCAUUCAUUCAACGGGCAACUUGAAGCUGUAAUCCUGUGAAAACUUGAAAUUAGGCCCCAUGGACUAAGUGGAAUUUACUUCUGAGCUUCUGUGCAUGGGAUUACGUGGAAAAUAUGCAUUUUGACAUUCGGACUCCAGCUGAUUUUAUUUGAUACUUCAACACUUUUCUGUGCAAUAAGUUUCUGCUUGCAUCCUGUUUGUGAAUUUUCUAAUUCUAAUAAAUUGACUGUGCUAAGCAAACAAAACAGAACAAAAGAUUCCACUUUUAUCAUUAUCCUUUCUACCAAAGUA